UUCCAAUUUUGUAAUUAUUUUUUUCUUGCCAUCUGGAAAGGAUUUCAAUAAAUUGGAGGAAACAUAAUUUAACUCAUAAAAUCAGUAAAUACAUCUAAUUGUCGGACAGUCAUGAAAAUGGUGCUGUCACAAAGACAACGUGAAGAAUUAAACAAAGCUAUAGCUGAUUAUCUUAGCAGUAAUAGUUACCAUAAUGCUCUAGAAGGGUUAAAAAAAGAUGCAGACAUGCCUGGUGAAGUUGAAAAUAAAUAUGGAGGUUUACUUGAGAAAAAAUGGACAUCUGUAAUAAGACUACAAAAAAAGGUAAGCGAGCUUGAAUCAAAACUUUCAGAGUAUGAAAAAGAAAUUAAUUCUGGAGCUCCUAAAAGAGCAUUACGAUCACCAAGUGAUUGGAUACCAAGAGCUCCUGAAACACAUUGUUUAACUGGGCAUAGAGAGACUGUUAUCAAAGUUAUAUUUCAUCCUGUUUUCAAUAUACUUGUAUCUGCAAGCGAAGACGCUACAAUAAAAAGUUGGGAUUAUGAGACUGGUGAAUAUGAGAGAACAUUAAAAGGUCAUACAGAAGCUAUUCAAGAUAUUGCAUUUGAUGAGACUGGAAAACUAUUAGUAUCUUGUAGUGCUGACAUGAGUAUAAAAUUAUGGGAUUUUAGUCAAACAUAUGAAUGUAUUCGUAGUAUGCAUGGUCAUGAACACAGUGUUUCUGGAGUUUGUUUUCUUAAAGGUGGAGAUUUCAUUGUUUCAUCCUCAAGAGAUAAAACAAUAAAAAUGUGGGAAGUUAAUACCGGGUACUGUGUUAAAACAUUUACUGGACAUCGUGAAUGGGUCAGGAAAGUUAAAGUAUCCCCUUGUGGUCAACUUUUAGCUUCAUGUUCUAAUGACCAUACUGUAAAAGUUUGGACAAUUGCUACAACUCAGUGUAAAGCUGAUUUACGUGGACAUGAACAUGUAGUUGAAUGUAUAGCAUGGGCUCCAGCUGCAGCAUCAUCGGCUAUCAAUGAAGGAGCUGGAGUUGAUAAAAAAAAAAACGGUUAUGAAGGUCCUUUUAUUAUAUCUGGAUCAAGAGAUAAAUCUAUUAAGAUGUGGGAUGUUGCAUCAAGAUCAUGUUUAUUUACAAUGAUAGGACAUGAUAAUUGGGUACGUGGAUUAGUUUUUCAUCCUGGUGGUAAAUAUGUUAUAUCAGCUAGCGAUGAUAAAACACUUAGAAUUUGGGAUUUAGCAAAUAAACGUAAUAUGAAAACACUUUUGGCUCAUGGACAUUUUUGUACAACAGUUGAUUUUCAUAGAUCACAGCCAUUUGUAAUAACCGGUAGUGUUGACAAGACCAUAAAAGUUUGGGAUUGCCGUUAAAUAUGAAUAUCAGUUCUCAUAAUAUUCAUUAAAUGCGCUCUAUUCUGCUAAUUUUAUACAAUAUCUCCACUAUAACACUUAUGAAGUUUUCAUUUUCUAGUCUAUCAUAGAAGUGUAGGUAGUUUAUCCUCAUGAUUUGAUAUGUAUAAAAGUAGUAUUGCUUUUUAUUGUUUAUUAAGAAACCCCUCCCCACUUCUUUAUGUUUUAUAAGUAUGUGUAAUUUAUAUUAUUUUCUCAUAAUUAGUUUU